AUGUCCAUAGGUUACAAAGACAACUUGAUGUCAACUAUUCUAGCUAAAGAUAGGAAAUGUGAAUUUCCCAUCAAUUUCGAAUGUUCGCCCUCCCAGAUAACUCUUAUGCCUGAAAUGUUCUCUUUUAACAAUGAAAGGAAAUACCAAACCCUGAUACCCUUGAUGAAAACAUCACAUCUAAUUGAUGAUGACUUGAAAGAUAAAUUGAAUAAGUGCGCUUUCGAUUUUUUCUCCGGAAAACAAGCGAACAGAACGAGUGACGGGACUAUUUCAAGAUUAACAGCAAGUGGAAAAACGUCACCGAUACUGCCAUUGCAAAAUAUUAAUAUUGUAAAAGCAGAGAAUACCGGUAACGGUAAAUCAGAUCCAUAUAGCUCAAUUAAAAUAAGCAAACCGACAAAAACCGUGAUAAAAUUGAAAUCUACGAAAACCAAUACAGCAGGACAGAGGACUCGUCAUUUCUGUAAGAUCUGCUCUACUGGGUUCACCACUUCUGGUCAUCUUUCAAGACAUAACAGAAUCCAUACAGGUGAAAAAAAUCAUAUCUGUCCGCAUGAGGGCUGUGGACAGAGGUUUAGUAGACAUGAUAACUGUAAUCAGCAUUAUCGAACUCAUGCAAACAAGAAGAAAAGAAACUGGAAGAGGAGGGAGGCUAGCAGUUGA